UCAAUUCAUCCAAUCUACAUACAAAAAAUUUUCACUCCAUUCAAACAAUCAAAAGCACUUGAUAUUUGAUAUCCAACACUACUCAAUGGCUCCCUCCUUCUCAGAUGACUACACACAUUUUGCUGUAAAGAAGGGGCAUGGUGUUAAGGGCAUCUCCGAGCUCGGCCUCAAAGCGUUACCAAAGCAAUAUAUUCAACCUCUCGAGGAGCGAAUAGACAUGACGAAAGUGUUGGAUAAAGAAUCCAUACCCGUGAUCGAUAUGUCGAAUCUGGAUGAUCCGAAUGUGGCUGAUCAGAUUGCGAAUGCUGCGGAGAAGUGGGGAUUCUUUCAGAUUGUUAAUCAUGGAGUCCCCAUUGAGGUUCUUGAGGAUGUGAAGGAAGCCACCCGGAGCUUCUUUCAGUUGCCUGCUGACGAGAAGAUCAAGUUUUCGCAAGAAAAUUCUCCCACAAAACAUGUUCGGUUUGGAACAAGUUUUAUUCCGAAAGCAGAAAAAGCCCUUGAGUGGAAAGACUACCUCAGUCUCUUCUAUGUUUCUGACGAAGAGUCUUCCACAUUUUGGCCAGCCGCAUGCAAGAACGAAGCGAUAGAAUUCAUGAAGAAGUCCGAGUUUGUGAUCAAGUGGCUGCUACAAGCCCUGAUGCAGAAGCUAAAUGCGGAGAACAUGGACUCAAAAGCACCACUCCUAAUGGGUUCCAAGAGAAUCAACCUCAACUACUAUCCCAUCUGCCCAAACCCCGAGCUCACAGUGGGAGUUGGGCGUCACUCCGAUGUCUCCACACUCACAUUUCUCCUUCAAGACAAUAUCGGAGGACUCUACGUCCGCAAAAUGGAGACCGACGCCUGGAUCCACGUGCCUCCGAUAAGCGGAUCGAUAGUAAUCAACGUUGGUGAUGCUCUUCAAAUCAUGAGUAAUGGAAAAUACAAGAGUGUUGAGCAUCGUGUCGCUGCUAAUGGGAGCAACAACAGAGUUUCGGUGCCUAUUUUUGUGAAUCCCAGACCAGAAGAUAUCAUUGGGCCGCUACCUGAGGUGCUAAGGAACGGAGAGAAAGCGAUGUACAAGCAGGUUUUGUAUUCGGAUUAUGUGAAACAUUUCUUCAGGAAAGGGCAUGACGGAAAGGAGACCAUUGACUUUGCUAAGAUAUGAUCGUGCUGAUAUUGGAAAAAUAUCUGUUUCAUUUGUCAAUUCAUAUAAGUCACUUGGACAUCAUUGCAAUGGAAUUAUUUAUUGAUAUUAAUAUAUAUUUUUUGAUCA